AUGGACGAAAAAGGUACAUCUCCCUUGAACGUAGCUAAUUUAUUGUAUGACACUAGUGUAGUAGAAGAAGCCCAGUUAGAAGCCCAGUUAUUAGCCCAGGAAUUAGCCCAAGCCCAGUUUGAAGCCCAACAGAAAGCCCAGUUGAAUGUUAUAAUAGAAACUCAGUUAGGAGAUAGCGCAAGUAGAAACUCAAGUCCAGGAGUAGUCACACGUAGCCAAGUUACAGAUAGUUUUGAACAUCAGUCGUUAGAUUUUGUAUCUAAACCACGCACUAAAAAAAUGUCAGUAACCAUAAAAUUAGAAGACGCUUUCAGAUUAAUUCCACAUUGCUCAGGAAUAGACGAUAUCUAUCAGUUUAUAAAUGCAUGCGAUAUGGCAGUAAGUUUAGUCGACGCAAACAACGCACCAAUACUAGUAAAAUAUAUUGCUACACGAUUAACGGGUAGAGCAUUAGAAAUGAUUAAAUAUAAAAACGUAACAAAAUGGCAGUACAUAAAAACUUAUUUAACAGAUGCAUUCGAAUCGACAAACAAUGCAUCGUCAUUACAACUUCAAUUAAAUUCGAUUAGAAUGAAUCACAAUGAGGAUGUAAAUGAUUAUUGCCAUAGAGUAGAGAAACUAUAUUAUCAGUUAUGUACCGUAAGCACGUUAAACAAGGAAACUGCAGAAGCAAAAAUUAUACAUGAAACAUUAAGGGAACAAACUUUAGCAAUAUUUAUUAAAGGAUUAGUGGAAUUAAUUAGGACAAUACUAAAAUCUCGUAAUCCCAAAACUCUGGAGAUCGCGAAACAACUUGCUAUGUCGGAACAGGUAGAACUAAGAUUAGAACAAGAAAAUAGAAACCAUUAUUCGAGUAGUUAUUCACAAAACAACAAUCAACGUAGAACAAAUUAUGAAAAUAGGAACAACAGGAACGUUAGACCAAAUAAUUUUGUAAGGCCGAAUAAUUUUGCACGAAAUAAUUAUACGCGAGCGAACAACUUUUCUCAACCGAUUAGGCCACCAAUAAGGUGUUAUAAUUGCAAUGGAAAUCAUUUUGCAUCACAAUGUAGAAAUAAUUCGAGACCUAAUUACGCGAGCAACGGCAAUAACAAUCGUCCACCUAAUAGAAAUAAUUUUACGCAACCGCCAACAAAUUAUAAUACGCAAACAGUUACGUGUUCAUAUUGCAAUAAAAACGGUCAUAAUGUAGAUUCAUGUUAUAAAAAGAGAAACGACGAAAGUAGAAAUAAUUCGGGAAACGCCAACGUGUCGAACGAGUUACGCGGUACUCGCACGAUAAACCAGAUUAUCGCGGAACAGCCAACUCACGAAUAUUCCACAUAUUCGCAACAAUAG